AUGACAAUAAGUAUAAAGGAUCGAGUUUGGUUAAAAUUAUUGUUAUCCGCAUUAAUACCGUUGAUGAUUGGUAUUUUUACUGUCGUCACUACAAUUCAUCAACAAAAAAUGUCUUCUCUACAACGUGAACAAGAAAAACAGGAUGCACGUCUAUUACGAGAACAAUCAGACAAUCAAACUGCUCAUCGACAUAAAGAAACUAUCUAUGCUACCUAUCUUGAUGACGUUACAAAACUAUUGAUGUCAAAUAACGAAACAAAACGUUUGGUGUAUAUUCGCGCGAAAACAUUAGUCAGCCUUCAACAGCUCGAUUCCGAACGAAGAAAAGAUGUACUCUUGUUUCUUUAUGAAAGUGAAUUGAUUCAUCAUAAUCCAUUGAAGCCAACUACGACUUUGUUGAAAGUUAAUAAUGCCGAUUUCAACGGAAUCUAUUUUCAACGAACGGAAAAAGUUGAAUGUACAUUCAAGUUUCUCUAUUUACAUCAUGUCUAUUUAUCCAACGCAUCAUUUAUUGACUGUUAUAUUGAUUAUUCGAACUUUUCACAUUCGCUCAUGUACAAUACGGUUUUCUUCAAAGCACUCCUAUUUCGAACAUCUUUCAAAUUUGCAUUGUUAGAUAGGGCCAAUUUCAAUCAGGCAAAAUUUUAUCUAACGGAUUUUUCUGGAGCAUCGUUAGCCGGAUGCAACUUUAGGGAUGCUCAUUGGGUUAAUCAAGGUCUUACUUUUACAAGUGCAAAUUUAACAGGUGCAAUUCUAUCAAAUCAACAAUUAGAGAGAUCAAUACUAACCAAUGCUCUCUUACCCAAUGGAACAUGGGGGCCUAUUCGAACGACAAGUUUAGUUGUUAACGGUGAUGCUGAGCAAGAUUGUUCAUUACAAGGUAGUACAAAUUUUACUGACUGGCAUAUCUCCGUUCCUGGAAUAAUUAGUUUGUUUGCGUACAAUAGCCAGAAUUUAACGGAUCAAUAUGGCAAAUGUUAUUUUCGAGUGACACCAUCUUAUACUUUAAAGCAAUCGAUAAGUGCAUCUCAAAAUAUUUCUUUCGAUGAAUUUACAUUAUUAAUCUCGGCUGAUAUUGCUCACUAUAAAGCAUCGGUCGAUUUCCGAUGUUCGGGCAAUCAAUAUGGAUAUAUGGAACUCACCUUUGUUGAUUUAUAUGGUUUACGCUAUUUUCCUGUUAAUAAUCGAACUAAAACUGGAGUAGCAAGGGAACUUCUAACUAUAUCGAACAGCAUUCAUUUUGAAGUUCGUAGUGUCCAGCUAAAAAUUGCAUUCAUAAGAAAUACGACAUAUGCGAACAUCAAUGGGAGUGCCGAAGAAAAUUAUUGUAUUGCUGACAAUAUCGAAUUUUUCAUUCUAAAACGUGAAUAA